UCUCUUCGCAAAAUUAUUUGUAAAAGAAGCACACAGCUUUUUAUAUAUAUAUAUAAUCUAAGAAAAAACGAACUGCAUUUAGAGUUUACAUGUCAAUUUGGGGAGUAAGUUUCCUUUUUAUUAUUACUGUAUUCUGUUCAGACGUGGUUGGCGCCCUAUGAAAAGAUGUUCUGUGAAAAGGCGAUCGAGCUGAUCAGGGAACUCCAGCGAGCAGCUGAUGGCCAGCUACCUGCUUUUAACGAGGAUGGAAUUAGACAGGUUCUUGAAGAAAUGAAAGCCCUGUAUGAGCAGAAUCAAACUGAUGUGAACGAGGCAAAGUCUGAGGGAAGAAGUGAUUUGAUUCCAACAAUCAAGUUCCGUCACUGCUGUCUGUUGAGGAAUCAGCGGUGCAUUGCAGCUUAUCUUUAUGACCGAUUGCUCCGUAUUCGGACUCUAAGGUGGGAGUAUGGCAGUGUUCUUCCUACAUCCAUAAGGUUCCACAUGUGUGCUGAAGAGCUGGAAUGGUUUAACCAGUAUAAAAAGUCUCUUGCCACCUACAUGAGGUCAUUGGGAGGAGAUGAGGGUCUGGACAUCACACAGGACAUGAAGCCACCUAAGAGUUUGUACAUUGAGGUUCGUUGUUUGAAGGAUUAUGGGGAGUUUGAAAUUGACGAUGGCACCACAAUUUUGCUCAAGAAAAACAGCCAGCACUUUCUUCCCCGAUGGAAGUGCGAACAGCUGAUUCGACAGGGAGUUCUGGAGCAUGUAAUGUCUUGAAUUGACUGAAAGCUGAGAAAAAGAUUCAGCGUUUUAUCAUGUAUUUCGGAUGUUUGUAUGUGUUUAUAAAUAAAUAGUUGAGUUAUUUGAG